AUGGGUUUGAAAGAACGGAAAUUUGUAAGCGUUGAGGAGCAAGUGUCUAUGCUCUUAAGCAUCCUCGCUCAUCACAAAAAGAAUCGGAUAAUAGGGUUUGAGUAUUUGCGAUCCGGACAGACCGUUUCUCGAUAUAUUCAUGAGGUGUUGAGAGGGGUGAUUGGUCUUCAUGAGGUAUUCAUGGCUAAACCCACGCCUGUGGACGACGAUUGCGACGACCCCCGGUGGAAAUGGUUCAAGGGCUAUCUAGGGGCAUUGGAUGGAACAUAUGUCGAUGUCCAUGUUAGUGUUGGUGAUGCACCACGGUAUAGAACACGAAAGGGCCACAUCGCUACUAAUACUUUGGUCGUCUGUGAUUGUUUUAUGCGAUUUGUCUACGUCCUAACUGGUUGGGAGGGAUCAGCCGGUGACUCUCGUGUUCUAAGCGAUGCUAUCACACGGGAAGUUGACAAACUACGAGUCCCUAAAGACUGUUAUUACUUGUGUGAUAAUGGAUAUGCAAACAACGAAGGAUUCCUCACACCAUUCAAAAGGGUGCGUGCCAGCUUCUACCCGAUCACAGCACAAACGCGUCUCAUAAUGACAUUCUUCAUUCUGCACAAUUUCAUUCGGAGCCAAAUGCAAGUUGAUCCAGUGGAGUUGGAACUUAGUGAUGCAAAUGUGAACCUGAAGACCUUGAAGAUACAAAUGGGGACAUUUCAGCAGGGGCGGAAGGAGAUGCCGUCGUGGAGUAUGUAG